AUGGCGAGCAGUGGCUACCCUGGAGUUCGUACCACCAAGACCGGCGACGUCGCUCCCAGCGACGCUUUGAAGCUCCUGAAGGAAGGCAACGCUCGCUUCGUGGAGGGCAAGCCGCAGUCUAUCAAGACCAACGCCGAAAUGAGGACGCUGCUGGUGGAGGAGGGCCAGGCUCCUCACACCGCCAUCAUCGGCUGCGCCGACAGCCGCGCCCCAUUGGAGAAGAUCUUCGACGCGAUGCCCGGGGACAUCUUCGUUUUGCGAAAUGCCGGGAACACCUGCACCCAUGCCGAAGGAAGCUUCGUCGGAAGCCUGGAGUUCGCCACGGGAGCACUCGGAUCUCGCCUGAUUCUCGUGUUGGGACACACCAAGUGCGGUGCCAUCUACGGCGCCACGAAGGGCUACUUCGCCAAGCUCGGGGCAGGCAGUUCUUCGGGCUCCGCCUUGGAAGCCCUGCUGCACGACCUGGGCUCUGUGGCUGAGGUGGCUGCUGGUGAGAAGGGUGCCUCUGCGGACUUCGAGACCGUGGCAUCCCACGCCGUGAAGGUGAACGUCUUCCACACCAUCAACUUCCUGCUGAAGUACAGCAAGAGCCUCCGCCAGCAGGUUCAAAGUGGCAAGUUGGAGAUCCAGGGCGGUAUCUAUCAGCUGGAGACGGGCAAGGUCGAGUUCCUUGGGCCAUCGCCGGAGCAGAAGGCGCUGACGGAGGAGAGCGUUACUUCCGUGCCGCCUUCGCUGCUCGCUCCCAAGGAGCCAAGCCCGGCCACGGUUCGCACCGCUGCCGACGAUGCGGUGCUCCCGCAGAAGGCCUUGGAAUACCUCAAGAGCGGCAACAAGCGCUACGUGGCAGGCACGCCCAAGGCCCCAACUACCACUCAGGACAUGAGGAAGGCCUUGGUGGACAAGGGCCAAGCUCCACAUGCCGCCAUCAUUGGCUGUGCUGACUCGCGAGCUCCGGUGGAGACGCUCUUUGACGCAGCCCCUGGCGACCUCUUCGUCUUGCGAAAUGCCGGCAACACAUGCACCCAUGCCGAAGGAAGCUUCUUGGGCAGCUUGGAGUUUUGCGUUGGCAAGCUGGGUAGCCGCCUCAUUGUGGUCAUGGGCCACACCAACUGCGGAGCAUUGGCCGGAGCCGCCGGCACGUACCUGGCCAUCAAGGAGGCUGCGGAGACCAAGACGCCGGGUUGCGCUCUUGAGGGUCUCCUGCAGGGCCUGACUUCCGUGGCAGGACAGACAGCCCAGGAGAUGGGUGGUACACCGAGCGCUGGCGAGAUCGCCAGCGCGGCGGUGAAGGUGAACGUCUUCAACACUAUCAACUUCCUCUUGAAGUUCAGCGAGCCCAUUCGAGCUUUGGCCAAGAGCGGAGACUUGGAAAUCCACGGUGCGGUCUACAAGCUGGAGACAGGUGAAGUCGACUUCUUCGGGCCCUCGCCGAAGCAGGCAGAGCUCCUGGCAUCGAAGAUGCAGCUCCCUCCCUCCAUGAGCAACGCUGCCGACUCCUUGGCUCUCAUUGGUGCCCAUGGCGUCCGAACUCCCGAAGACCCGCCGAUGGCGGCGCAGGCAGCCCUGAAGCUCUUGAAGGAAGGCAACGAGCGCUUCGCAGUGGGCGCUCCCAUUGCUGGCAGGAUCGAUGCGAAGAUGCGGAAAGCCUUGGCGACUGUGGGCCAGGCGCCUCACACGGCUAUCCUCGGGUGUGCAGAUUCUCGGGUGCCGCUUGAGUUGGUCUUCGAUGGUCUGCCUGGAGAUCUCUUCGUGCUCCGCAACGCCGGCAACACCUGCGUUCACUCCGAGGGCAGCGUGAUGGGCUCCCUUGAGUUUUGCACCGGCGCUCUCGGCACGAAGCUCAUUCUCGUCUUGGGCCACACCAAGUGCGGUGCCAUCAACGGUGCUACGAAGGACUACAUGGCGAACAAGGGCAAGUCCAGGGACCAGGCCCCCAACGCCCUCGGUGCACUCCUUCAAGGACUCAACGACGUGGCCAAAAAGGCAGAAGAGGAGUUGGGUGGCUCCCCUAAGGAGGAGGAGAUCGCAGUGCAUGCUGUGAAAGUCAAUGUCUUCAACUCCAUGGACUUCCUUGUGAAGAACAGCCCCGUCCUGAAGAGCAAGGUCGAGUCCGGUGAGGUCGAGAUCGAAGGAGGCAUCUAUGAUCUGGACAGCGGCCGCGUUCGAUGGCUGGGAAAGAGCCCCAAUGCGUCAAAGGCGUAG